AUGGCGGGACGGGUGUGGGCAAUUGAGGGAAGAAUGGAGGGACGGGUGUGGGCAAUGGAGGAAAGAAUGGAGGGACGGGUGGGGGCAAUGGAGGGAAGAAUGGAGGGACGGGUGGGGGCAAUGGAGGGAAGAAUGGAGGGACGGGUGGGGGCAAUGGAGGGAAGAAUGGGUGGACGGAUGGUGGCAGUGGAGGGAAGAAUGAAGGGACGGGUGGGGAUGACUUUUAAGUCGACUCAAAAGUCUUCGCUCCUCACUCUCUUCACCUCCCCUCGACGGCUUCCUGUAAGCUGCCCCAUCAUUCCCUUUUUUCUAACUCGCUUCUUCCCUCACUCUCUCCAACUCCCCUCUAUUCUCGUACUUUUUGUUCUUAUUUCUCUCCAUUCACUCCUCAAUCUUUCCAUGGCUAAACACCCGCCCCUCCCUGCCCAUCCCUGCCCAUCCCUGCCCAUCCCUGCCCAUCCCUGCCCAUCCCUGCCCAUCCCUGCCCCUCCCUGCCCCUCCUUGCCUCUCCCUGCCUCUCCCUGCCUCUCCCUACCGCUCCUUGCCGCUCACCCCCUCAGCAACCCCACAACUAACGACUACGAUGUUAGUUUCUAUGUCUACGUGUCUCUAACCGACUCUUGCGAGCCCACCAGCCUUGUCAUCAAGAAAGGCGCUGACGUGACAGCCACCGUGGCCAGCAGCAGCACCCGGUGGACCAAUCGCGAGUCCGAAAGCACCGGGCUUGACAAGGAGCUGCCUCCCCCGUCCCCCCCUCCCAGCUACACUUACGAAACCAACGGCGCUUGGCGAAGCGUCAGUACUUUGACAGCGGAUAACGGGCAGACGUAUAAGGAGCUGGUGGGUGACAUGCUGGCUGCUCCUGACGUGUACUCUGCUCUCGACUACACCAAGACGUUUGAGAACGGUGCGGCGAGUGGUGCUUUCUUCUACAUCAACAAGGGUGGUGGUGAAUAG